ACCAUAAUAUAUGGUGUAUCUAUUGCAUACAAAGGCAUAUAAAAAUUCCUUAUAUUACGUGCAGCACUGAAGUGAGAUUACUAUGGCGAAGAGGGAAGAGAAGAAAGAGACGGGGGAGGAUGUGGAGCUGGAAGGCGCAGAGACGCUUCUCUCUCGUCUCCGCCGGCAAUACCGCAUGAUGGAAAGAAACCGCCGCCAGUACAGGGACGAAGCAACAGUCCUUCUCGGCCGACAACGGAAGAUAUACCGAGACUUGCAGAGUGAGAAGAGCGAACUAGAAGAGCAGCUAACAGCAAUGUCCACACCACAGAAUGACACUCGCGACCUGAGGACCGUGAAUAACCUAGCGGCCACGCUGAACCGACAGAGAGAAUAUCAGGCGACGAUCGACGAAGAAGUGGACAAGAUUCGGGAUCUAGACACUUCCAUCACGACAGCAGAGAAAAGACUGCGAGAGUUGAGGUUGCGUGUUCCAUCAGGCCGGCAGUUGGAGGCACGACGUCUGGCAGCCCUUAAGACCAACAAGGGGCUACAGAAUCGUAUCCAGCAGGCGACAGUGCGGUUGAAUGCAGUGUUGGCCGACAACCGCGUGUUGAGAUCUAACCUAGAGAACCUUCUGAAGCAGCGAGACAAGUUUAUGUUACAAGCCCAGCGGCUGGAGAAGCAAUUAGAAGUCACGAUCAAAAGGAAAGGUGACAUCAUGGAUCAAGUAACAAAAGCUUAUUCAGAACGAGACGAAGCGCAGACCAAGAUGAGGGCUGUUAAGGAGAGAGCUGAAAGAGACGCCCAGCAAUACACAUACGAACUGAAGAAGCUGCAGCGAGCCCUGGACCACCAAUCCCACUUAAAGGCCUUUGUGGCUACAAUAUCUGCCGGCGAGGAAGACGACACAUCACAAAGACGUAUAGACGGAGGUGCAGACGAGCAGCGCGGGCCGGAGCAAACCCUCAACACUUACCGGGCGUCAGUGUCCCACCUCACUGAGAUGAGCGGCGAGGAGUCUGUGGAAGCGCUGGUCACAAACUACCUCCAAGCAGAAAACGAUAACUAUACACUAUUUACUUACAUUUCCGACCUAAAUAACGAGGGCGGACAUUCCAUACACACAUUCCAUUGUCACCACACCUUCCUCACUUCAUGGUGCCGGACCCAAUCAGUUCGAACCUUCUAUUUGACGUCACGGCGCUGGGUCGGGUCAGCUAAUCACCGAGGUCGUGACCCAGCGCCUCAGGUCAGAUCACUCGCAUUCAACCUCUCUCGCUCUCAUUCUCUCACCGUCCACACCUCGGAAAGGAUGCAGCAUAAUCUCAUCUGCAAGGUUACUAGUCUGAUGGCGGAGGUACGGCGCGUCAGUCAGCUCAUUGACGAGACGAGAGGCCGCAGUGAAGAUGAAGGGAGAGACUCACAACGCACUGUUUCAUACCUAGAGGCUGAGAUGAUGAGUGGCGAUAAAGACGUGAAAUCCUUAGAGGGGGAGCUGAGGAGAGCAGAAGAUACAUUGACGGAAAUGAAGACAUCCACGCAAGAACUUUUUGACCAAUUACAGUGUGAUGCACAGCCCAUCGUCGCCAUUGUGGGUGGCGGAGAGAUAACCAACAGCAACGUGUCAGUGUACCUGUCAGUUGUUGAGCAGCGUGUGCAUGAAAUGCUGCAGUUACGUCAGGUUUUGCUUGCCGAGGAGUUGCCUGACACCAUCACCGCCCUUGGAGAGGACACACAGCGGGAAGACGCCUCGGAGCCCUCUGAGGUGUCCGAGACCAAAGUUGUGGUACCUCUAGGGAAGCCUCAACUUCCACACACAGCUCACACGAACGAUGAAGAGUCCCCCAACGGAGGCCCACUCACUCACGGUGACAUCCUCUCUAACAUGAGAAGAUUCAUACCCGACUCUUCUGACCACUGAAAGGGUUUAUAAAGCACGUGCGGUACGAGCGAUUUCUUCUGGCAUCUCGUUACCAAGUCUAGUACAGCACGCAAUUAACAGGUUUAAAAGAGCAUUAAUCAUGAAAAUAAUGUUAAAAGACAGUGAGGAAUGCAAGAUUAUGGCAGUAACUGGGAAAUUCAAGACAAUCUGUUUGAGAGAGAAGACUUUAGACGGAAUGUUUUUUACUUCACCAUGUUUAGAUCACAGUGUGUGUGCAAUUGUGCAUACAGAUCACCGUGGUACGUAUAGUUGAACCGUCUCCCGGCUUUAGAUGCCGAAAGGUUCUCAGCUGCACAUAUUCAAAUACUGGUCACUGUCCGAAUGGAAGGAAAGGAGGGCUCUUCAGGACAUCCAUUCCUGGUAACGGUUACCUUCUUACAUAAGAAAUUAAAAUGUUAAAACUUAAAAGUCCUUCGUUAGGUGAGGAAACACUAUCGUAUGAUAGGAAAAAUCAUUCUAGCCUUAGUAGACUAAAGAAACCAGACAUCAUAAAAAAAUCUAUCUUCUUGCAUAAAAAAAAAUAAGUAAAAAUGUCAAAGUAUAAAGCUUUGUUAGGUGAGGAGGCACUGUCCUAUGAUAGGAAAAACCAUUCUAGCCUUAGUAGACUAAAGAAACCAAACGUUCUGUUGUUUUUCCUCGAGAUUUAUUAAGUUCUUGCUAAGUUGAUAUGUUAAAAUAUGAAUCUUUCUUUUUAAUGGAAUUAUUAAGUUUUAUCACUUCCUCUCUAACAUCAGUAAAGCUUGGGAGAGCUAUAGCUAUUAGGUCUAAUAUUGCUUUGACAUUCUCAACCUUAGGCUUCGAGAUGUGGGAACCAAUAGGGACGUCCACAAGUCAGUGAUCGCCAGAAGAUUUAUAAUGGGGUUCUAGAAAACUUGUUUCUUAACGGAACGGUAAAACUUUAAAAAAAAGAAAAAAUUAAAAAUUCAAGAAAAAAAAACAUUUUCAAGGAAAUGACUAAGUAACUAAAUUAUUGAGUUGAUGUUAAUGUUAUGCAGGGAAGAAUCUCUCGGGAAGAACUUAAUGGAGUUGCGUCACCCUGAGGGAGGGGGCGGGAGGCGGGUGAAGCGUGUCCGAGAUUGCUCCCUGCUGCAGGUGGGCGGAGCCUAUUCUACGCUUGUUCUACAUGGUUUAAUAUUGUAUUGUGUAUUGUAGUACUAUGGCUCAUGUAUGAUGUGACCACGAUAAUUGAGGAGGUUAUUUAAUGUAGUAGAAUUAAGUAAAUAUAACAA